GCGAAUAAGGCCUUCAAAACAAAAAAUGGAAGAAUAAAAUAAGAUUUUGCUCUUCUUUUCGGUGCAUUAUCUUUCUGUGUCUCUCAUGGCCGUUGCAGCAUUCAAAUCAUCCUCCAGAAGAGGAAACCGAAACCAAAACCAUUCAAAUUCCACCUCCGCAACUUCUGCCAGAUCCUCCCGCCAGGAAUCACGAACCAAUGCCCCCAUUCGAAGGUCAAGGAGCGUAAGCGCGUUUUCCAGGGGCAGUUCGGACAUUUCCACUGAAUUCCUCAACAAGAGAGACAACCCUCUCUUCUGCAGCGCCACCCCUUCAUUACCACCCGGUAACGACGACGCCCAACCGCCGCCCAGCUCAGUUCUUCUAGAAGCCUCCGAUUUCGACAGACCCACACCAUCUGCUUCCGAUCCCAAUAACAAGGCCUUCGGUGCACGUGGCCGUCACGUGACGCGAAAUGUUGAUGCCAAAGGAGGGUCGUGGUCCUCGUCAACGGGUCGGAGCUUGUCGAGAUCGGAUGCGGGUCGCCGCACUCGAUCGGCUUCUCAAUGUCCGGCUUCGAGGCGGCCAUGGAGUUAUUCAACUUCUGAGAGCGAAACUGAUGCUUUAGAUAGCAGUGAUCUGAGGUUUGUUGAGAGUAAUAGAAAAGGUGGUUUGUUUGGAAGUGAUAGUGGUAUGGUGGAUCAAGUGAGAGAUCUGCGCAGGUGGUCUAGUCAGCAUUCAUCUACCAAGGUUUCUGACUCUUUUGCUGCAACUUUGUCUAGCUUGGAAACUCAGAGGUGUGCAGAUGCAGUUUCUAUGGUGAGCUCUGGAUAUGGAUCUGAUGUGAAAACUAUCAAAGCUGUUAGUGAAAAGAUGUCAGUACAAGGAGGUCCGCUGGUAACCAGUGAUGUAUACGAGACAGUUCGCUCUGAAGUGAGGCGUGCUAUUUCUGAGAUUCAGACUGAUCUUGAGAGUGCUAUCCAAAGGAGUAAUGCCACUGCUAUUGCUGUUACCAACAUAGCUGAUAUUCCUCCUUGCUUGGUAAACCCGGAUGCGGAAGAAUUGGUUUUUGAGAUCAGAAGAGAGUAUGCCCAAAAGCUUGAAGAGACCUUGUCAUACAUGCAGUCCCAGGAGCGAGCUAGAAAUCUUAGAGCAAACCUGGCUGUUGAAGAACAUUGUGGACAGGAACUGGACAGAAUCUUGAAAGAAGUUUUACCUUAUCCAAAGACCCCUAAUGUGCAGAAGUCUCAUCCAACAAGAAAGAAUAGCAUAGAAAGAAGGCGGAUGUCAAAACGUCUUGCAGAAGAUGCAAAGGCUUAUUUUGAUGAGUGUGUUUCGCUAUCAACAUUUGAUAGUUCAGACUUCUCAUCACAAGAUGAUCCUCCCGUCACUUCCGUGGGGCCCCCUAUUCCAUCUGAUAGUUAUGAAUGUUUACUCCAGGAAUCAGCUUCUCAUGGACAAUUGAUUAGUAGAAACUAUGACGUUUCACAACCAUGUACCGUCAUUGAUACUGCUGGCUCCCCGGAAUCAAGUUGCAAAUCUCGCUUCUCAUUUUCACAGAAAUCACCUGAGAGUUCUGGAUUGGCAGAUGACAUCCAACAAUACAUAAAGAUGUUUGAAAAGAAUGUAUUAAGGUCACCAAAUAUGAGAUCAGGUUAUCAUGACAUUCGUGAAUACAGUUAUCAAUCUCCAACGGAGAGUUUGUUGGUUGAUAGGGUGAUACUAAAAAACAGAAUUGAGGCUGGUGGUUUGCUGCUUUGUAGUGGCGGUAGUAUAUUAUGGUCAAAAUAUUGUGGGAUAGGAAUUUGACCAGGAAGUAUGGAUUACCUAUUGUUACUAAUGUAACUGUAUCCGUAUCAUUUUCCCAAGCAAUAUAACUGUACAUAUGCCUGAUUUGCACUC